AUGCAGAUCUUGGCCGACAGCUUCAAAGUCGUUGACAUCGACAAAGAAGGAAAGCUCUACACAAAAGUCUCGAGGCUGUACAUGGAAUCCCCCAAAAUUUCCAUUUCUCUUGAUUACAACACCACUUUGUGCAGGCUUCAGGUAGGACAUGCUGUCGAGGUGCGUAUUUUUCGAGGAAUCCAUGAGAACAUAGAUUGCUUCUAUCUAGCCUAUGGAAGGGUCUAUUCCCUUGAAAGAAAAGGGCCCAGGACCAUUGUGAGGGUUUCCCUUGGCGGCCUUCUUCUUAUAAUAGAUGCUCCAGAGGAGGUUACCAGAGGUCUUGGAGACAAAGAUGACAUAUCCCUGGCACUCACCUUUGUGCUAUAA